AGACCCGAGAAGAUCGUAUGACUGUUCCACCACGGCAAACAAGCUUCAGAUGCCAGGAGAUACCAUCUCAAUCUCGAUGACGGCGCAAGAGUAGAAACGAGGCAGCAAGGCAGAAAAGAGGGCAGUCAGGCAUUCACACGGGUUUGCAGCAAACAAGCUAGUCACAUGACUUAUUUGCCGGAUGACGUAGUGAUUCUUUUUGCCAGGUGCUGACCGACGCUUUCCUCCUAGGGAUUUGUCCCGCUCUCCAUCCAUCUCGAGAUCCCAUUUUCACUGUCUUUCUCCGGGGGAGUUUUCUUCUAGUCUUGAACACCAUCAUGUACUGUUUGGCCUAGCUCAUCUGCGCAAUGAAGAAGACACUGCUUAUCGUGUUCAUUCACGGAUUCAAGGGGGGGGAUGAUACAUUCGGGGACUUUCCUAGGCAUUUGUGUACGGUGGUCAGCCGCGCUCUCCCCGCCGUACGAGUGACAACUGCGGUCUAUCCAAAGUACGAAACUCGAGGUGACCUGAAGGAAUGUGUGAGCGCAUUGCGGGAAUGGUUGCAGAACACAGUCAUCGACUUGGAAGUCGCGAACCGAACAGCUUCACCCACCGUGGAUCCGUCGGUCCAUGUGUUCCUCGUCGGUCACUCAAUGGGUGGGAUUGUGGCGGCCGAAACACUCCUCCUACUGGCUUUCGAGCAGCCUCUGCCUCCAAAACCCGCCGCCAAUGUCUCAACGAAGCCGAAUGUGACGGGCUCGCUGACAGAUUCGGAUACUUCCGUCGGCCCCGGCUCAUUUAUGUUCCCGCACAUCCAAGGGGUUCUCGCAUUCGAUACGCCAUUUCUAGGGAUUGCGCCGGGGGUGGUCUCGUACGGAGCCGAGGGACAGUUUCGAAAUGCUACCACCGCGUAUACUGCGUUGUCUGAAGUGGCCGGUCUGUUCGGAAUUGGAGGGAGCAACAAGUCUGCAGCGGAGACAACCUCGACCGGUCGCUCAGCAGAACCUAAGAAACCUCUGCCGAAUGCCUCGGUUGCCGGCAGCACCUCGACUAACGACGCCGCGGCCACGCCGUCCUGGCAACGGUGGGGGCGAUAUGCAAUGUUUGCCGGAGCAGGCGCUUUGGCGGCAGGCGGGGCGGCAGCAGUGUAUUCGCAGCGUCAGAGACUAACCGACGGCUGGGGCUGGGUGUCAUCCCACCUGGUCUUCGUUGGCUGUCUCGCACGUUCUUCGGAAUUGAAACAGCGCCUAGUCUCGCUUUCGGAAGUGCAAAGGGAUCGUGGGAUCGCCUGCGUUAAUUUCUAUACGUGCUUGGGCAAAAAUGCGAGCACGCUGGUAGAGAACACAAACCGUAGCGAUACGUCGUUCAGCCAAAAGAUUAUACGCUCUAAGGAUCGCACUUUCUGUUCGCUUCCGGCGGAAGGCCAAGGCCCGGGGGUCCCGGAUUCAGGGCUCCGAUGGAUCAAAGCCGUGAAUGAUAAAGCUGCAGAUGAAAUCAAGGCUCAUACCAGCAUGUUCUUGCAGACGGAGAAUCCAGACUUUGCUUCACUUCUCCGUGAAGCAAGCAGAGCAUUAGUUGAGUCGAUCGACCAGGGGUGGUACGCCACGGCCACAGGACCAAUUGAGGAGACUGAUGGGGAUAUGCCGCCCCCCGAGAGUGGCAGUCUCCACGACCAGUCCGGUGGUGGAUCUAUGGACAGCGACGAUGUGGUGGUCCUGGAAUAGAAGCUUCAGUGCUUCGGCGAGGCUGAGAAGGGAGGGCCAUUGACGGAAGUCCUUCCCUCCUUCUCUUCCCUAAGUCCUAACGCAUCCGACCUUUUCUCCAAAUUUUCUUUGCUCGCCGACUCUCCACAAUCCUCCGUACGCA